AUGGCAGGAACCGUCUGGCAAGCCUAUCUGGAAGAGCUGCCCUCACACCAUACCUCGUCUUUUCUGAAUGCGAUUGCUUUGGAGAAAUUGCUCGCUACUCGCGUUCCUUCAGUCCUUACAUCCAAGGAAAAAAUCCGCGUCCGAGUGACGGAUGUUAAGAAAGGUGGCAGUGAUUCCAUUCUCUGCGAAACCGCGGAAGCCCUGCAACGAGCUUUGGCGUCCGACGAUGAGGGGUUAAGGAUCAUUUCGAUUCACUCCUCCGACUCAAUCACCCCAUUAGAAAUCUCGCCCAGGUUGCUGGCGUAUUUACUGCGACGAUAUCACGUUCACCCGUCCUUUCUCCAGGUUCUGCUCUCAUUCGGAAGCAACGUCAACGUUUCAGAAGCAGGAAACAGUCAUGUCUAUCUUGGUGGGCACGAGAAAAACUCAUACAUCACAUAUCAGAUCAACUACGUUGAGGAGAAACACCACCGGAAGACUUUGACUUGGUCGUGGCGUCAUACCGGAGUAUACCAUCAUCACUCUCGCGCAGAAGGUGGGAAGGCGUUUGAUCUCUUCAUCCUCCUCCACCCAAAUGACGCCAGUGUUUUCGAACGAAGGAUUCACAAUGAGCUGCAAGUUGCAACAAGGAUACUUGCGGGAUCGAGUGGAAAUUCUGAGCACAACAGCUAUAUCCCAACAGCUCUCCACUCGCUUGCCUUGUCCUCAUUUACUGGAAACUGGCGAUGGUAUUUGCGGGGCCUAGGGAGGCAGUUUGAGAAACAUAACGACCUCGCUCUUACAGCUGUUCCCGAGGAAGCCACACCCCUGGAGAGCUAUGACAUGGUCUCUUCACUUCGAGACCUGAACGACUCUGUCCUGCGUGCUCAAGUGUGUUGUCGAGGAAACCUUGAGUUGGUAGAAAAGCUGAAAGUGGCGACAGCCUCUGGGAUGCUGACAACGGCAGAUGAUGGGUUGAGGCAGCUUAUGAUGGAAUACGACGCCAAGGGAACGGAGCUUCAUGGCUAUCUUGCAAGCUGCGAUGAACUCAUUCCCCGGAUCCGGAACGGAAUUGACUUGGCCGGAUAUACCUUAUCUCUUCACAACCAACUUGAUACAGCGAAGAUCGAUCGCGAAUUACGAGACCUCAUCUGUCAUCUCGAGAUGUUACAGCGGGACUCGGUCGAUGAUAGCGCCGCAGUCAAAAUCAUAACUUUCGUUUCAGCAGUUUACCUACCCGGCUCGUUCAUCGUCAGCCUCUAUGGCAUGAACUUUUUCGUGUUCGACACGGACGCCCGCCAGAUCGUGAUCGCCCACGACUUUUGGAUUUUUAUAGCCACAUGGCUUCCUCUAACGCUUGCGACGGGUCUUGUAUAUGUUCUCAUUGUUUGGUUUGAUGCAUGGUGGAAAAGAAAGCCAUUUCGCUUGUUCGAGCGGCCAGUCAGGGCUACCAGAGUGGAGGCAGGUUUGAAGUCGCAUGUCAUAACUAAAGGCUGA